AUGCGUGGUCCAGUAGCUUUCAUCGUCCAGGCCCUUGCGUGGUCCAGGAGCGUGCCUGGUCCAGGAUCUUGCCUUGUCUGGGAUCUUGCCUGUUUAGGAGCAUGCGUUCCAUCACCCCGCCCCAUUCUCCCUCUUUCCAUCACCCCGGCCCAUUCUCCUUCCUUUCAUCACCCCGCCCUAUUCUCCCGCUUUCCAUCACCCCGCCCCAUUCUCCCGCUUUCCAUCACUCGGCCCCAUCCUCCCGCUUUCCAUCACACAACGCCCCAUUCUCCCGCUUUCCAUCACUCCGCCCCAUUCUCCCGCUUUCCAUCACCCCGCCCCAUUCUCCCGCUUUCCAUCACCCCGCCCAAUUAUCCCGCUUUCCAUCACCCCUCCCCAUUCUCCCUCCUUCCAUCACCCCGCCCCAUCCUCCCUUCUUCCAUCACCCCUCCCCAUUCUCCUGCUUUGAAUCACCCCGCCCCAUUCUCCCGCUUUCCAUCACCCCGCCCCAUUCUCCCGCUUUCCAUCACCCCGCCCCAUCCUCCCUCCUUCCAUCACCCCGCCCCAUUCUCCCUCCUUCCAUCACCCCGCCCCAUUCUCCCGCUUUCCGUCACCCUGCCCCAUCCCCCCUCCUUCCAUCACCCUGCCCCAUUCUCCCGCUUUCAAUCACCACGCCCCAUUCUCCCGCUUUCAAUCACCGCGCCCAAUCUCCCGCUUUCCAUCACCCCGCCCCAUUCUCCCUCCUUCAAUCACCCCGCCCCAUUCUCCCUCCGUCCAUCACCCCGCCACAUUCUCCUGUCUCCCUCCUUCCAUCACCCCGCCCCAUUCUCCCGCUUUCCAUCACCCCGCCCCAUUCUUCCACUUUCAAUCACCCCGCCCCAUUCUCCUGCUUUCCAUCACCCCGCCCUAUUCUCCCUCUUUCCAUCAACCCGCCCCAAUCUCCUUCCUUCCAUCACCCCGCCCCAUUCUCCCGCUUUCAAUCACCUCGCCCCAUUCUCCCGCUUUCCAUCACCCCGCCCCAUUCUCCCGCUUUCCAUCACCCCGCCCCAUUCUCCCGCUUUCCAUCACCCCGCAAAAUUAUCCUGCUUUCCAUCACCCCUCCCCAUUCUCCCUCCUUCCAUCACCCCGCCCCAUCCUCCCUUCUUCCAUCACCCCUCCCCAUUCUCCUGCUCUGAAUCACCCCGCCCCUUUCUCCCGCUUUCCAUCACCCCGCCCCAUUCUUCUGCUUUCCAUCGCCCCGCCCCUUUCUACCUCCUUCCAUCACCCCGCCCCAUUCUCCCUCCUUCCAUCACCCCGCCCCAUUCUCCUGCUUUCCAUCACCCCACCCCGUUCUCCCGCUUUCCAUCACCCCACCCCAUUCUCCCGCUUUUCAUCACCCCGCCCCAUUCUCCUGCUUUCCAUCACCCCGGCCCAUUCUCCUGCUUUCCAUCACCCCGCCACAUUCGCCCGCUUUCCAUCACCCCGCCCCAUCCUCCCGCUUUCCAUCACCCCGCCCAAUUCUCCCGCUUUCGAUCACCCCGCCCCAUUCUCCCGCUUUCCAUCCCGUCGCCCCAUUCUCCCGCUUUCCAUCACCCCGCCCCAUUCUCCCGCUUUCCAUCACCCCGCCUCAUUCUCCCGCUUUCCAUCACCCCGCCCCAUUCUCCCGCUUUCCAUCACCCCGCCCCAUCCUCCCGCUUUCCAUCAACCCGCCCAUUCUCCCGAUUUCCAUCACCCCGCCCGAUUCCCCGGCUUUUCAUCACCCCGCCCCAUUCUCCCGCUUUCCAUCACCCAGCCCCAUUCUCCCGCUUUCCAUCACCCCGCCCCAUCCUCCCGCUUUCAAUCACCCCGCCCUAUUCUCCCGCUUUCAAUCACCCCGCCCCAUUCUCCUCCUUUCCAUCACCUCGCCCCUUUCUCCCGCUUUCGAUCACCCCGCCCCCUUCUCCCUCCUUCCAUCACCCCGCCCCAUUCUCCCGCUUUCCGUCACCCCGCCCCAUCCUGCCUCCUUCCAUCACCCCGCCCAUACUCCCUCUUUCCAUCACCCAGCCCCAACCUCCCGCUUUCCAUCACCCCGCCCCAUUCUCCCUCUUUCCAUCACCCCGCCUUAUUGUCCCUCCUUCCAUCAACCCGCCCUAUUCUCCCGCUCUCCAUCACCCCGCCCCAUCCUCCCGCUUUCCAUCACCCCGCCCCAUUCUCCCGCUUUUCAUCACCCCGCCCCAUUCUCCCGCUUUCCAUUACCCCGCCCCAUUCUCCCGCUUUCAAUCACCCCGCCCCAUUCUCCCGCCUUCCAUCACUCCGCCCCAUACUCCCGCUUUCCAUCACCCCGCCCCAUUCUCCCGCUUUCCAUCACCCCGCCCCAUUCUCUCGCUUUCCAUCAACCCGCCUCAUUCUUCUUCUUUCCAACACACUGCCCUAUUCUCCCGCUUUCCAGCACCACACCCCAUUCUCCCGCUUUCCAUCACCCCACCCCAUUCUCCCGCUUUCCAGCACCCUGCCCCAAUCUCCCGCUUUCCAUCACUCCGCCAGAUUCUCCCGCUUCCCAUCACCCCGCCCCAUUCUCCCGCUUUCUAUCACCCUGCCCCAUUCUCCCUCUUUCCAUCACCUCGCCCCAUUCUCCCACUUUCCAUCAUCCGGCCCCAUUCUACCGCUUUCCAUCACCCCGCCUCAUUCUCCCUCAUUCUAUCAACUCGCCCCAUUCUCCCUCUUUCCAUCACCCCACCCCAUUCUCCCGCUUUCCAUCAUCCCGCCCCAUUCUCCCUCUUUCCAUCACCCCGCCCCAUUCUCCCGCUUUCUAACACCCCGCCCCAUUCUCCAGCUUUCAAUAACCCCGCCCCAUUCUCCCUCCUUCCAUCACCCCGCCCCAUUCUCCCGCUUUCCAGCACCCCGCCCCAUUCUCCCGCUUUCCAGCAUCCCGCCACAUUCUCCCGCUUUCCUUCAUCCUGCCCCUUCUCCCUCAUUCCAUCACCCCGCACCCUUCUCCCUCUUUCCUUCACUCUACCCCAUUCUCCCGCUUUCCAGCACCCCACCACAUUCUCCCGCUUUCCUUCACCCAGCCCCAUUCUCCCGCUUUUCAACACCCCGCCCCAUUCUCCCUUUUUCCAUAACCCGCCCCAUUCUCCCUCUCUCCAUCACCCCGCCCCAUUCUCCCGCUGUCCAUCACCGCGCCCCAUUCUCCCGCUUUCCAGCACCCCGCCCCAUUCUCCCUCUUUCCAUCACCACGCCCCAUUCUCUCUCUUUCUAUCACCCCGCCCCAUUCUCCUCCUUUCUAUCACCCCACCCCAUUCUCCCGCUUUCCAUCACCCCACCCCAUUCCCCCUCCUUCCAUCAACCCGCCCCAUUCUCCCGCUUUCCAUCAACUCGCCCAUUCUCCCCCUUUCCAUCACCCCGCCCCAUUUUCCCGCUUUCCAUCAUCCCUCCCCAUUCUCCUGCUUUCCAUCACCUCGCCCCAUUCUCCGUCUUUCCAUCACCCCGCCCCAUUCUCCCUCUUUCCAUCACCCCGCCCCAUUCUCACGCUUUCCAUCACCCCGCCCCAUUUUUCCACUUUCCAUCACACCACCUCAUUCUCCCGUUUUCCAGCACCCCGCCCUAUUCUCCCACUUUCCACCACCCCGCCCCAUUCUCCCGCUUUCCAUCACCCCGCCCCAUUCUCGCGCUUUCCAUCAACCCGCCUCAUUCUCCUACUUUCCAGCACACCACCCCAUUCUCCCGCUUUCCAGCACCGCGCCCCAUUCUCCCCCUUUCCAUCCCCCCGCCCCAUUCUCCCGCUUUCCAGCACCCCGCCCCAUUCUCCCGCUUUCCAUCACCCCGCCCAAUUCUCCCGCUUUCCAUCACCCCGCCCCAUUCUCCCGCUUUCUAUCACCCUGCCCCAUUCUCCCUCUUUCUAUCACCCCGCCUCAUUCUCCCGCUUUCCAUUAUCGGGCCCCAUUCUCCCGCUUUCCAUCACCCCGCCCCAUUCUCCUCAUUCCAUCACCUUGCCCCAUUCUCCCUCUUUCCAUCACCCCGCCCCAUUCUCCCGCUUUCCAGCACCCCGCCACAUUCUCCCGCUUUCCAUCACCCCACCCCAUUGUCCCGCUUUUCACCACCCCGCCCCAUUCUCCCUGUUUCCAUAACCACGCCCCAUUCUCCCACUUUCCAUCACCCCGCCCCAUUCUCCCGAUUUCCAUCACCUCGCCCCAUUCUCCGUCUUUCCACCACCCCGCCCCAUUCUCCCGCUUUCCAUCACCCCCCCCGAUACUCCCGCUUUCCAUCACCCCGCCCCAUUCUCCCGCUUUCCAUCAUCCGGCCCCAUUCUCCCGCUUUCCAUCACCCCGCCCCAUUCUCCCUCAUUCCAUCACCUUGCCCCAUUCUCCCUCUAUCCAUCACCCGGCCCCAUUCUCCCGCUUUCCAUCAUCCCGCCCCAUUCCCCCUCUUUCCAUCACCUCGCCCCAUUCACCCGCUUUCGAACACCCCGCCUCAUUCUCCCGCUUUCCGUCACCCCGCCCCAUUCUCCCUCUUUCCAUAACCCCACCCCAUUCUCCCUCCUUCCAUCACCCCGGCCCAUUCUCCCGCUUUCCAGCACCUCGCCCCAUUCUCCCGCUUUCUAGUAUCCCGCCCCAUUCUCCCGUUUUCCUUCACCCCGACCCAUUCUCCCUCUUUCCAUCACCCCGCCCCAUUCUCCCGCUUUCCAUCACCCCGCCACAUUCUCCCGCUUUCCAUCACCCCGCCCCAUUCUCCCGCUUUUCAACACCCCGCCACAUUCUCCCUGUUUCCAUAACCCCGCCGCCUUCUCCCUCUUUCCAUCACCCCGCCCCAUUCUCCCGCUUUCCAUCACCCCGCCGCAUUCUCCCGCUGUCCAUCACCGCGCCCUAUUCUCCCGCUUUCCAGCACCCCGCCCCAUUCUCCCUCUUUCCAUCACCCCGCCCCAUUCUCUCUCUUUCCAUCACCGCGCUCCAUUCUCCUCCUUUCUAUCACCCCGCCCCAUUCUCCCGCUUUCCAUCACCUCGCCCCAUUCUCCGUCUUUCCAUCACCCCGCCCCAUUCUCCCUCUUUCCAUCAGCUCGCCCCAUUCUCCCUCUUUCCAUAA